AUGAAAGAAAAAAUCAAAGCAGGGUCUAUCACGCAAACUGACGAAAAAGACGUGCAAGUCGGAAUCAUCUCCGAUCUCGAUGAGGGCGAGGUCUUCAUCCACCAACAUGGCUACACCAACGAAGCCGUCCAAGCCCUUUUGGACGAUGAAUCACGCAAUAAGACUCUAGUUCGCAGGGUGGAUCUUGUGAUUCUACCUCUACUUGCAGGCACAUACACUUUGCAAUACAUAGACAAGUCGGCUUUAGGCUACUCCGCCGUCUUUGAUCUACUAUCCUCGACCCACAUGACAAGCAGCGAGUACAGCUGGCUAGCAAGUAUCUUCUAUUUCGCCUACCUCAUUGCUGAGUAUCCUUGGAAUAUUCUCGCACAGAAAACAAGGCUGGGCAAAGUCGUCUCUGGAAAUGUUAUUGCAUGGGGUGCCAUGCUUAUGAUUACCGCCGCUUCCACCUCAUUCACUGGAAUGGCCAUUUGCCGUUUUCUCCUGGGUAUAUUCGAAGCACCCAUUACACCCUGUUUCAUGAUGAUUGUUGGUAUGUGGUAUACACGCUGUCAACAGCCCUUCCGCGCUGGCGUCUUCUACAGUUGCAACGGCCUGGGGGCCGUGGUCGGAGGAGUGUUGACAUAUGGAAUCGGUCAAAUCAAAACCAUCGCUGUCUGGCGAGCUAUUUACCUCAUACUCGGUGGAACUACCGUUUGUUGGGGUAUUCUGAUGUAUGUUUUCCUUCCUGACGACAUUAUCUCUGCGAAACGUUUCAGUAUCGAAGACAAGGCACUUUUAAUUGGCCGCAGUCGACUUGGUCGAACGGGAGUUAUCAACCACAAGAUCAAAUGGUACCAAAUUAGAGAAGCAUUGAUCGAUCCACAAGUCUGGAUUUUAUUCCUCUUCACGCUAUUGAACGAGAUUAUCAACGGUGGCAUUGCAAACUUCAGCAAACUUAUCAUCAAAGGCCUCACCGAUGACGCCCUCACUACAGUCGCACUGGCUAUUCCGAUGGGUGGAUUCCAAAUCUUCUAUAUCUUAAGUGGAACAUUCCUCGCAUCACGCUUUCGUAACAUCCGCACAAUCGUCAUGUUUAUAUAUCUACUUCCCACGAUAAUUGGCACAUGUUUGUUGUGGAAGAUGAAUCAUGAGACUCACAAGGUGGGUGUUCUGUUUGGUUACUAUAUCUGUGGGGCAUACGUCUGCUCUCUAGUGCUGGCACUGCAGAUGCCUGCCACUAACUUGGGAGGAUAUACCAAACGCAGUACUGGUGUUGCCUUGGUAUUCCUAGCUUACUGCGCGGGCAAUAUUAUCGGUCCCCAUGCUUUCUUAGCCAAAGAAGCACCCAUCUACCAAACUGGCUGCAAGUUGAUUAUUUCAUGCGCAGCUGCUCAGGCGAUUCUGGCUCUCUGCCUUCGGGUGCUUUUUAUUUCUCGGAACAAGAAGCGAGAUCGAGAUACGACAGCUCGCAAUGAAAUAGCCAUGGGAGUGUCGCAGGUGGAUGCUCAAGCUGACUUGACUGAUUUUGAGAACCCAAACUUUCGCUAUGUGUUUUGA